CGUCAACUGUUUGUUUUGAUUUUGUUUUGUACAAAGUUCAUGUUCUGCGAUUGCGCUUCCGAUGACUCCGAUGUUUAAUUGAUUUUGUUCUAUACCACUAAAUAAAGGCCAACCUUUGAACUAUACGAGGUAUCUAUCUAAUCAUAAUUUUAAAUUGGUGAUAAAUAUUCCAAUUUCAACUAUUAUUCAACACCCAUUGGAGUUAAAUAAAAUCUUUAUUCUUGAAGGACAGUCUACAAUAAAAUGUCUCUAAACAGACUUGUUGGUGGUGAUUGCGGUGGCAAUAAUUCUUUGGUUCAGUUAUCUAAUAUCGUCGGUCGAGAUGUGUCUAUUCAGCAGCCAGUAUCUCAGGCCGAUAAAUUCGUUCAAGAAUUCUUGGGCCAAAACUCACAAGUGCCCCAAACAUUCAAUAUGAAUGCAUUGCUCAACAAUAUUACAGAAUUGGAUAAUGUGAACAAAAAUAUACCAACCCAUCUUCCCCAUCAAGUACCGAUGACGAGUAGUCAGCGAAACAUUCCAUGGCAACCUGGGCCAUCUACUUCAUUCAUGCCUCAACAAGGAAUGAUGAGAACAUAUUUUAUGCCACAAAAACCAAUUAUACAGCAACAGCCUGGUGUUAAAAUCGAAUACUUAGAAGAAUCAGAGUUAUCAAAUGAUGAUGUGAAAGCUAAAGCUAAGGAAUAUGUGCAGAAUGUUGAAGAUGAUGAUGAAUUAGCCUACAAUCAGUUCAUGUCAUUUAUGAAGAAAAUCAGUGCAGGCGAGUUAAAUUUAGGAGAUAAUGUUGAAAGUGAACAAAGAAGAGCGACUAGAGAAGAAAUACUAGAUGAAAUGGCUGAAAAGUACAAAGAUGAGUGGGCUAAAUUAAGUGAAACUGGAGACUAUUGGAAUUCAGACUUUACCGGUAUUCCGAAAGAAUAUACUUUCACCGAAGGUAAUAUCAUGUUAGAAAACAAGAAUGCAUUGGAAUUGGGGAAGGAAAAACUUAAAUUGGGAGAUGUUCCGGGAGCAGUUCUUUGUUUUGAGGCAGCAACCCAGCAGACACCAGACUCUGCAGAAGCAUGGUUCCUAUUAGGCACUACACAGGCAGAGAAUGAGCAGGAUCCUGCUGCCAUUGUUGCUCUAAAAAAAUCAUUAGAAAUAGAUCCUAGGCAGCUUGAGGGUUAUAUUACUUUGGCAGCUGCAUAUACUAAUGAAAAUCUGCCUAAAUUUGCAUAUUUAUCAUUAUUGGAUUGGUUAAAAGCCAGCCCUAAGUACAGUGACCUUGUCCCACGGGAUGUGGAUCCUAUGCCAUUAGUAUUGUCAUCAUUGGAGACACUUGUUAAAUCCUUGUAUUUGAAAGCAGUUCAGUUAAACCCGUCUGAAAUAGAUCCAGAUGUUCAGAAUGCAUUGGGAGUAAUAUUUAACCUCAAUCAACAGUUUGAUAAAGCAGUAGAUUGUUUUAAAACUGCCUUGAUGGUGGCCAGUGAUAAUGCUAAAUUGUGGAACAGAUUGGGAGCAACUUUGGCAAAUAGUGAAAGGUCUGAAGAAGCUGUGGAUGCUUACCAUCAAGCUUUAGAAUUGGAGCCUGGAUUUAUAAGAGCUCGUUAUAAUGUUGGCAUCACAUGUAUGAACCUUGGAGCUCACAAACAGGCUGCAGAGCAUUUCUUGGUGGCGUUAAAUCAGCAGAAUAAAUCAAAGAAUUUGAUCCCUAAUGAAUCAGGUAUUGAUAACAGCUCUACUACAAUUUGGACAACACUUAGGAUGGUAUGUUCCUUCAUGGGAGAACAUGAUGUUGCGAAGCUAGUAGAUGAGAGGAAUUUGUCUGAAUUGAAUAAAUUUUUUGACAUAGAAUAAUUUAUUGUAACUGUGAUAAGACUAUUACAAUUAAGUUAUUGUUUUUGUACAUUAUGGUAUUUGUUAUGAAUUAGUUUGAUAUAAUUGGGGUAAAAAAUUAUGGAUUAAUGUAUGGUAUAAUUAUAUAAUAUACAUUUAUGUGCCUA